AUGUUGCACCUGAGUGGUAAAGCUUGCAAUACGAUCUGAUCCUUGUAUUGUGCAACCCAAAAGAAACCAAAUUUUUGGAUUUAUUUCCGAUGUUUUUGGCUUCUUUGCCAACAAUAUAGAUUCUUUCUUUCUUUCUUUUUUUUUACUAUUAUUACUAUUUUUUCCUUGUUUGCAAGCCAUUUUACUCGGAAUUUUCAGAUGUUCACAUGUCCGCUCAGCUGUCCGACUCUCCCCAUACAGACAUUCCCGACCCUGAACCAGUGCCACUGAUAUCUGAAGGAGGUUGAGAAUUGGUUUCAUCUACACUGGCUGGAUGGAGCUGUUAAAACAUUUAAAGAAGAAGUUGAUUCUCCUCUUCAUCACUGCACUCUUCCUCUUUUUGGUCUUGACUGUGAAAACGCCCAGCACAUACAAAUCAAACCCAAAAUCAUCAGUGCCUCCAAGUGCUUGCUCCAUGAGGAUAUCCGAGCAGACCAUCACGCCGCUUAACAAUACCAAGCACUUCCUGGUGUCAGCCUACAUGGACCAAAGAGUGAAGGAUUUUGAUAUACGCAUCAUUGGCAUAUUUAGGAGAGACUCCAUCCAACCCCUUCACUGCUUUUUCUGCUGUGCUGGUUAUUUAAGUGAAACCACUCCAGCAACAAUUUUACAGCAUCCAGAUAACUAUGGUUUUCCCUUUGUCACUACGGAUGUCAUGUGUCAGAUUCCUCAGAACUGCAAUGCAACAUACAUCACUCUCUUGACUACACCAGACAAACAGAGUCCAUCAAAUCAUCCAUGGCUCCCAAUAAGAAACAAAGACACAGUUGGACAGAAGGAAGAAAACAUGCAGUUUGACUUUACGGUCUGCAUCUCUAACCUCUUUGGCGACUACAACAAUGUGCUUCAGUUUGCACAGACUCUGGAGAUGUACAAGUUGCUGGGUGUGAACAGAGUGGUGAUCUAUAACACCAGCUGUGGUGCAGGGCUUGAUCGCCUGUUGCAGAGUUACAGCGACGAGGGCUUUGUGGAAAUGGUUCCUUGGCCCAUUGACAAGCAUCUGAAUCCAUCUCGUGGCUGGCUUCACUCAGAGCAUGGAGGGGAUUUGCAUUACUUCGGCCAGCUGACCACACUUAAUGAGUGCAUUUACAGAUCAAUGGAGCGUUCUCGCUACGUCCUGUUGAAUGACAUUGAUGAGAUUAUAAUGCCAUACCAGCACAAGGACCUGAUGUCUUUGAUGAACAUGCUCCGAAAUCAGCAUCCAAAUGCAGGGGUGUUCCUUAUUGAGAAUCAUAUUUUCCCAAAGAAACACUUUGAGCCAAGCGGACGGUUUCACCUGCCUCAGUGGAACGGGGUGCCAGGAAUUAAUAUUCUGGAGCACAUCUACAGGGAGGACCCCGCCAGAAACAUAUACCAUCCAUACAAGAUGAUAGUUCGGCCAAGAAUGGUGGAGUGGACUUCAGUCCAUGAAGUGAUCAAGAAUUUUGGAGAACGCUACAAGGUUCCACUAGAUGUUUGUCGGAUCGUUCAUGUCCGCGUGGCUCUACUGGGAUCAUUAACCCUGGAGCAGCUUAAUGUGGAUAAACGACUGUGGGACUUUCAGGAAAAACUCAUUCCCAAUGUGGACAAAGUGUUGAAGAGGGUGGGAAUGCUGAACUUGACGCAGAACUGAUGGAUAAGAUUUACAGGCACUACGAUGGACACUUGUUAAACGCACUGAAUCAGAUCGUGAAUGUGCAUCUUUGAAUCAGGGGCAUUUGUGUGUCAUUGUUUUUUGAAUAGUUUGCUUAUUUUGCACCAAGUGCCAGUAAAAUCCCUACACUUACCUGAAUCCUGUUUAAUUGCCAAUCUUGAAUAAUUACAAGCUUUUUGAAGGGCACAGUGGUUCUAAUGCUGUGUGAUAUGAGUGUGACCAUUUAAAUAGUCCAUAAUAUAAAUCUGUUGACUUAAAGAACUGCAAAUGUUUUAACUGUCCUGUGUAUGUCCCCUGAAGAGAGUAAAAACAUUUACUAAAUCCACAAUAUAACGUCCCAUAGAAUUUGUCCAGUCGUCAGGUUGGAAGAACCAGAGAUGGGGAAAGAAUUUGUAUCUGGGAUGGCUGUAGCUCAGGAGGUAGCGCAGGCUACCUACUAAUUGUAAGGUUGGUUCGAUCCCUAUCAAAUCACCACAAUAUGCCAAAUAUUCUUUGGCAAGACAAUAACCCCAAGUGUCUCUGUGAUGUAUACACUGCAUUAUGAAUGUUAGAUAAAAAGAGCUUAUGGAAUAAAGUUUAAAUACUAUUUUGAGAGUAAAGUCAACAUGUUAAUCAUGUCUUGAAAGACGUGGCGCUUCCUCCUAAGGUUUAAGGAUAAUGUUGGUAAUAUAAAGUUCUUAUAUAUUUUAUCAUUUGUUGUGACCUUGACCCAAUUUUCCCCAAAAUGAAUGGCUCGCGCUGUUAUUGGUAUGAACCAUCACACACAGUAGGAAAAUGAUAUCUUUGACCCGUAUUCGCAUUCCAGCCUUUACAUUCGUUACAUAACUUACAUUCAAUAACUAGAGAUGGUUGUGUGAGGAAAAUCCAAGAAAAUAAACAUUUUGUGAAAUACUCAAAACAGCCAGAUUGGCACCAACAACCAUGACAGGUUCACUAAAAACACCUUUGUUCACCAUUCAAAUACUGUUUUGACUUCGGGGAGUUGUCUUGACCAUGUCUAUGUGCCUAAAUGCAAUGAGUUGCUGCCAUUGCAUAUUUUUAAAAUGAUUUAUAUAUCUAUAUUUCUUUAUCAAACAAACUGUGAUCAUUCCUUUUGCUGUAACCAGCAAAAUAAAAUCUUUGUUUUUCUUUUUUUUUUCUUUGUUUUUGUGAGCAAAUCAGGUGCAUUGUAAAAGGUUAAUUUUCUAGCAUAAGGGAAGAAUGGAUGAAUUCGUAAAUGAAUGAAUGGUUGGUUGGAUGAAUGAAUGUAUUCCUCUGGUUGUACAGGUCUCAUCUGUAACUACUGCAAAUGAUUAUUUGAGGUUUGGAGGUAUUUAAGCCAAAUGAUUACUUUUGUUUUCCACCAGUAACAUUUAAUGUUUAAGUGUGUAUAACAAAGACAAAAGAUAAUUGCGAUACAUUCUUUUCGAAAGCCAUUGUGUGGCAUAGCAUGCCAUUUUCUUUGUAUUCAGAGGACAGUUUUAAAAAUGUAUGUGGGGGUUUGGUUUUUGAGGGGUUUAACAGCUUUUUGUAACAGUUGUGGCUGGAUGACAUUAAAAAAAAGUAAUAAUUUUCCUGUAUUCACAUUUCAUGUCUUUUUAUAUUUCUACUCACCAACAUUUAAGAAAGAUGUUCUAGUAUUAGCUUCAUUUAGUUGCUGUAGGAAGUAGUACUUUUACAAAUAAGCUUUUAUGAAAUGUAAGAAAUUUGGGGAAA